CGAUCUGAGUAUCAACACUUUUUUACAACCAGCCAGUCUGACAACUGGCGCUCUGUAGAGCACGUGUUCGCGUUCGUAUUUUAAAUUUCGCGUGAGGGAAAUCCGCGCGAAAAUAAUAAUAGAAUAAGAAUUUUUAGAUUAUCCUUCAUACAUUUAUUUUACUGUUUAGAAAUAGAUUAUUUCAAAAGAAUAUGUAACUAAGUGAAAUUUUGGGAAUUGUUAAGAUUUUCGCGAAUUCUUAUUUCCUUUCACAGUUUUCUCGGAGAAGCAAAAUAUAAUGUUCACCAGUAGUUCAAGUUUGCUUCUCUUCUCCACUAUCAUCCUCACAUUAGCCGAUGCAACGGUACCUGGCACAGCGAGCGCUAACGAAAUCAAUCAAAAAGCACAAAAGAAAUCCCCAAAUCCUGGUGCGGCUUUGUACCCUCAAGAGACAGAAACUAGAUAUUUAAGAAAUCUAGACGGUAUAUGGAACUUCAGACGGUCGCCCGUGGACCCAGAACACGGAUAUCGAAAUGGCUGGUACGAGCAAGACCUCGAUAAGACAGGACCAAUUAUUCCUAUGCCGGUGCCUUCGUCAUACAACGACGUGGGUGAAGAUGCAACACUAAGAGAUCACGUUGGACUGGUGUGGUACGACAGGCGGUUCCACGUGCCAAUAUGGUGGGCCCGCACAAAUCAGCGAAUUUGGCUGAGAUUCAGCAGUGUUCAUUAUGCCGCCCAAGUGUGGGUGAACAGCAAACCGGUGAGCUACCACGAGAUCGGUCACCUACCGUUCGAGGUCGAGAUCACUGAUAUAAUUAACUACAAUAGCAGCAACCUCCUCACUGUCGUGGUCGACAACACUCUGCUCAGCGACACCGUACCACAAGGCACCAUUCGGGAUAUUUUUGUUGGUACGACAAAAGUGCGCCAGGAGCAGUCUUACACAUUUGACUUCUUCAACUACGCCGGUAUUCACCGGUCAGUCUUCCUCUACACCACGCCGCAAAAUUACAUAGACGAUGUUGUCGUCAACACUGAUAUCCAGGGACUCACAGGCUUCGUGGUAUAUAACGUUACCUACAAGGGGGCCGCUGACGUGAACUGUCUUAUCCAAUUGUUUGAUAAGAACGGAGUGCAAGUAGCUGGGGCGAAUGAAUGUGCUGGUCUUUUAGAGAUUGGCAACGCCAAUUUCUGGUGGGCUUAUCUCAUGCAUUCUACUCCUGGUUACUUAUACACGUUGAAGGCGUCUUUAAUAGGUCCACUUGGAGAAAUCUUAGAUACUUACAACCUUAAAGUGGGCAUUAGGACUAUAACUUGGAGCAAUACAACGAUCUACCUCAACGAUAAACCUAUUUAUUUAAGAGGCUUUGGGAUGCACGAGGAUUCCGACAUACGUGGUAAAGGCUGGGAUCCAGUGCUGUGGGUAAAAAACUUUAAUUUAAUCAAAUGGGUAGGAGCUAAUGCUUUCCGCACAUCGCAUUACCCUUACGCCGAAGAAAUCUAUCAGAUGGCCGAUGAACAGGGCAUCAUGAUUAUUGACGAAUGCCCUAGCGUUGAUACUGACAUAUUCACGGACAUUCUUCUAGAAAAACAUAAGCAGUCGUUAACGGAACUGAUUCGACGAGAUAAGAACCACCCCAGUGUGAUCAUGUGGUCCAUUUCUAAUGAACCCAGAUCCAGUAACUACAAUGCUGACGCUUAUUUUAAGAAAGUUGUAAAACAUGUUAAAACCAUGGAUUUAUCAAGACCUGUUACCAUCGCCAUUUCUCAGCGUUAUUUAAAUGAUAAAUCUGGUCAAUAUUUAGAUGUGAUUUGUUUUAACCGAUACAAUGGUUGGUAUGCAAAUACCGGACAGCUAUCAACUAUAGCAACGAACGUAUUUGAUGAAGCUACGGCGUGGCAUAGCAAACAUAACAAACCCGUUAUCAUGAGUGAAUACGGUGCUGAUACUCUUGCUGGCCUUCAUUUGUUUCCGGAAUACGUGUGGUCAGAAGAAUAUCAAGUCGCUUUGCUCUCAGAACACUUCAAAGCGUUCGAUAAACUUCGUCACGCAGGGUUCUUCUCUGGAGAGCUCAUUUGGAACUUCGCUGACUUUAAAACUGCGCAAACAAUAACACGAGUGGGCGGCAACAAAAAAGGUAUCUUCACACGAGAGCGACAGCCGAAAGCUUCAGCGCAUCACUUGAGAGCUAGAUAUCACGCAAUUGCAGCUGCCGAAAACGGAACCCCUCCACCAGAUCUCGCAUACUACAUCAGCGACAAUAAACCCGUCCUGCAUGCAGAGUUAUAAUAGAUUGUAAUAGAUAAAAUCUUUUAAUGAUUAAUUUUCCUUUAACACGGUCAAAUAAACUUUGCACUUCGCUGAAAUGCGAGAAACAGACAAAUAUUUAUGGUGUACCUACUGGUUAUGUACAUAUUACUACGUUGAUGGCACGAUCCUGCUCUCUAUAUGCAAGUCCUGUAAACAAUGGUCUGUAAGAGAUUGCGUGCACCAAUAAGACUGCCUUUGCAUGCUGAGCAACUCGAAACAAAAUCAUGCUUACGUCCCGCUCUGGGUGCCUCUGUGUGAUUUUCUCUGUUUCCCAGUAUUAAAACUAGAUGGCCCUCUUUCGAUUCCAUACAAAUCCUAGUUAACUUCCACGCGAUUGAAUAAGUAAACGUAGGUAGAGUAUGUCAUUGCUUCGCUUUACUUUUCAAAGGACAAUUGCAAAGCGCUUAUUUGUCUCUGUAAAGUCAACAUCUCCUAGGCUUCGGCAAGCGAAACGUGUGUAAAGAGUGUGUUGGAGAUACUUGUUUAAAAAAAUUGCGAUCACACCGUGCAGGUUUGUCUGGUUGUGGCGAACUUCAGCAAAGCUUCAUGCUUUCAUAUCAUAUCAUGGACAUCCGCAAAGUAGUGCCUCAAAGACUCCUUAUUUUUAAAUAAAUUUGAAAAUGUGAAAUGUGAAAAAAAAAAAAUUCGCGAAGUUGAUACCGAUAUCCGGCGUAGGUACCGUCUUUUGUAUGAUAUUCCUUUCGUUCGGAAAGAGAAUAAAAAUACUUUUAAUAUUUAUGAUCUUAUUUGAAGGGUUAUCAGUUCAACUUUUUUGCUUUUCACUCAAUUGCCAGCCACACCUGCAUUAAGUAAGUUUCUUCAACCAUUGAUCUCCGAAAACUGAGACAUAAGGAUAAACGUGUUUUAUUAUUUUGUUUUUACCUACACUUAGAGUAGAUGUCAAUUUAUAAUGUUUAAACCACUAAGCUACGGUUCUCUGUUUCGAACCGUAGCUAAGUGGUUAUAAAUACCUGCCGGGUAUUAAUUUUAAAUGCACUUAAAAAAUAUAUACAUUUUAUAAACGAGUUGUUUCGAAAAGUACCAAGGGUAUGAUUAUAUUUUCGAGAAUAUACUAAAAAGUAUCCAUGGGCUUGAGGCGUGUGUAUAAUAAAACCGGCUAAGUGUGAGUUGAACUUGUUCACGAAGUGUUAGUAGCAUGGUGCAACAUGAAAAAGCUUAGAUACAUGUUUCUUGUAUGCUCAUACAUUACAUAUAUGCAACUUUUUUUGUGAAAAUUUGAACUACCUUCUAUGGUGGUUCUAGAGAUACUGACACAUCGAAAGACGCGUACGGACGGACGGAUGGAUCGGCUUAGUAAUAAUGUCCCGUUGCCACCCUUCGCGUACGUAAACCUACAAAAGUAGCAACUAUACAUAUGGAAAAUGAACUACCUUGAGAACCAAUGGCAUUUAAGUUUAAUUUAUUUUAUCAGUAACUUGUUUUUAUCAGUAAUUGGGCAUUUAUUGGAUAAGCUUUAGAAGUGUUUUACACAGUACGUUUCCUUUUUAGAGUUCCGUAGUCAACAAAGAACCCUUAUCCUGUCUACAUUGCGCAAGGCCCGACACACACUUUACCAGUUUUUUUAUUAAAUACUUAUUUAUUUGUAUCUACAACAACAGAGCUUAGAACAUAAGUAGGUACAUUUGUAUAAAAUUUAAAGAACGAUAUGACAUAAUAUAUCUAGAGAUAAGAUAGACUUUGUGCCCACCAACGAAAACUUAAAAUAGAUAUAUCUACAUAAUAUCAUGCAAACGGUGUUUUAAUUUAUUAAAUAAACAUGUGUUUAAUUCUUAAUAGAAAAAAAAAAAUUAGUUAGAAGAAUAAUAGCUGUUGUAGGUAUCUCUAGUAUUAAUGUUACUAUACCUAGGUACUAAUUAUUUUUACGUUCUGUCGAGUUAAAGUGUAUGUAGAUAAUAAUAAUUAUGUAAUGCAGUUUUGUAAAUAUUUAUUAAGUGUA